AUGCCUUCUGCUAGCAUAGACGAAUGGUCACUAUCCAUGUUGACAGGGGGUGUACCGAACCACUUCCCUUAUUCACAAACCACAGCAUCAGUAUUUUCCCACGAUGGAAGAUAUUUAAUCACUACGUUAACUCAUCAAAUCAGAGUCUACUUCAUAUCCACCAGACAAUGCAUAAAGACGAUAGACAUUGACUUAAAUGACUUGGUAGAUGUAAAAUUGGAUGUAACUAAUCCAAAUCACGUUAUUCUUUUUAAAAGUUUUGGAGAAAUCAUCACUGUCAAUUACAAAGAUAAAUUGGCUGAAGCCGUAGUUGCAAAGACUUCAAUACAACAACAGUUGGGUAACUUGCUUCUAUUGUCAGUUGUAUGCGUGAAGCAUACAAAGUAUAUUGUCAUCACUGGAAAGAGAGAUAAGAAGAAGGGGUUUAGUCCUCAUACAAGAUACAUCAACUCAAUUGAUAGAACAUCAGAACUGGUGACCGUUAUCGGUGAUGUCCAAAACGUGCUAAUGUAUUCAGUAUCGUUAGAUACUUCAAAGUUGGCAUUUGUCAUGAAUGAUCAUAAGGUAUUGUUGGUGGAUUUGGCCACUUAUUACACCAACAGUGAAGAAGACCAACAGGUGUCUACAUCUGUACCAAAUUUGGAGUCAUUGAUUGUGAAGGAAGUGAUACCAUUUCAGUACAGGUCUCCAGUUACAUCAGUAGCAGUAUCUAAUGAUUCGCUAAUUGCAUUGGGAACAAACUCGGGAGUAAUUCAACUCUUGUAUGGAGGACUUGUCAACAAUGACAAGGCACAACAACGUGUUUUCAAAUGGCACAUUGACCAAGUUAAUGCCCUACAAUUUUCACAUGAUAAUAAUUAUCUUCUCUCUGGUGGUGCUGAAAAAGUGUUGGUAUUUUGGCAAUUGGAGACAGAAAAGAAGCAAUUUUUACCAAGAUUGAAUGGGGUUAUUGAUAAAAUAAAUAUUGACAAUUACAAAAAUGACUAUGUUGAGUUAUUAUUGAAAACGGAUGUUAACAAUUAUGAGAUUUUGGUAUUGUCAUUGGUGGAUCUUGUGUCUAGAUUAUCGGUGAAUACCAUAAGACCCAAGUUUACCAAUAAUGUGAAAACAACUUUAUCACGUACCAAAAAGAGACUUGCAAAAGAAGGGUUGGAUCAGUUCAAUAAACUUAAAUUGAGGUAUGAUUACAGUUGUCAAUUUGAGAUCCACCCAAAGACAAAAAACUUGUACUUCCCCAACGACUCAUCGAUUCAAUCAUUUGAUCUAGUCAAGAAUGAACAAAGUUUUAUUCAACAUGCAGCACCAGUAUUAUCCACCGGUAAAGUACGCUCUGAAACUAAACUACUCGACCCGCAAAUUUCAUUACUACAAUUCACAAUCGAUGGUGAGUGGAUGUGUACUUAUGAUGAGGUAACUAGUGCUGAAAUUGAUUGUCUUUUGUCCACCAAUGAUAAGCAAUAUGCCUUGAAGUUUUGGAAAUUUAUUGAAAAUAAAGAUAAAGAAAAGGAUAAAGAUCGUGAUAAUCGAAAUGGGUAUUGGGAGUUAACGACCAAGAUUCUUGAUCCUCAUGGGAAAUUGUCACCUGUUAUGGCCUUGGUCCCAGCUCCCACCUCAUAUUUCAACGGAGUGGCAUUCUUGACUGCUGAUGACAAAGGUGGUGUUCGUGUAUGGAGGCCAUCGUACCCCAAGGAGAUUUACAAAGUUGCUACGCCUGCUAAUAAAUCGCAACAAAUUGCUUGGUCUUUGCGCAAACAAAAGCCAUCGUCAAACACUGUAUCAGAUGCAGUGGCAUUAGCAUGGUCAGAUGACAGUUCGAUUAUAUUUCUCAGUCAUGAAUGUUCCAUCACUUGCUUUGAUAGUAGGACGUUUGAUCCUUUGGAAUUCCAACUUCCAAUAUUAACCGAAUCUAAAAUCAGAUCCAUCAAAUAUUUAAACAACUAUCUCGUUGUUUUAUCGAAAACGAGAUUUUUCGUUUAUGAUUUAAUCAAGGGUCAAUUAACCAGUUUAGUGACCAAAGUGUCAACAACUAGUGGUGGCAAGAAUUUAAUAACGGUUGAUUCAACAAGAAACCUCAUUUGCUUAGCUAUCAAUUCAUAUACCAAUUUUGAAUCAGAUUGGGAAAACUUGCAAAUUGCAUCAAAAGUGUACAUAUUCAAACCAAAUCAAUUGAAACCGGUGUCGGUGCAUACACAUACACUGGGUGUUGCCUCGGUUAAAUGCGAUGCUAAUGGAUUUAUAUUUGUUGAUUUGGAUACUCGUGUUGGCUCGUUGAAUUCAGCAUUGUUGGACGUGGAAAGUAAUGACGUAGCUGGAUUGACCAACGAAAUCAACCAAAUGUUAAUCACAGCACAAGCAAACGUUGACUUGUUAAAUAAUGGUAAUAAUGCACCAGUCAAGUAUCAGUCAAAUGGAAAUGCUCCUGAUGAGGAGAUGGAGGAUGCUGGCUCAAAAGUCAUUGACUUACAUACCUUCCAGCCCAUUUUCCAAAACCUUGAUGGAAUUCAAAUAGAGACUAUAUUUGAUCGUAUAUCGGAUAUUCUUAAGUAA